AUGUCCGUCCACACCGUCUCUUUCCAACCCUUUACUGACCAGAAACCCGGAACCUCCGGCCUGCGGAAGAAGGUCAAGGUCUUCCAGCAGCCGAACUACUCCGAGUCCUUCAUUGCCAGCAUCCUCCUCUCCAUCCCCGAAGGCGCGGACGGCGCCUUCCUAGUCAUCGGAGGCGACGGUCGCUACUACAACCCCGAGGUCAUCCAGAAGAUUGCCCAGAUCAGUGCCGCUUAUGGCGUCAAGAAACUCCUGGUCGGCCAGAAUGGCAUUCUCAGCACUCCCGCCGCCAGCAACCUGAUCCGCGUGCGCAGGGCCACCGGUGGCAUCCUGUUGACCGCUAGUCACAAUCCUGGCGGCCCCAAUGCCGAUUUUGGCAUCAAGUACAAUCUGGCCAAUGGUGCCCCCGCCCCUGAGACCGUCACCAAUAAGAUCUACGAGUCCUCCAAAUCCCUCACCUCCUACAAAUAUGCCGAAAUCCCUGCGGUAGACAUCUCCACCAUCGGUACUCAGAGCUGCGGUCCGUUGGAGGUUGAGGUCGUGCACUCGACCACCGACUAUGUCGCCAUGAUGAAGCAGAUCUUCGACUUCGACCUCAUCCGGGAGUUCCUGCACUCGCACAAGGACUUCAAGGUGCUGUUCGACGGCAUGCAUGGUGUCACCGGCCCCUACGGGGUGGACAUCUUUGUCAAGGAGCUGGGCCUGCCCAGCAACAGCACCAUGAACUGCCAGCCGAGCCCCGACUUUGGCGGCGGCCACCCCGACCCCAACCUGGUAUACGCGCACGAGCUGGUCGAGGCGGUGGACAAGAACGGAAUCCACUUCGGAGCCGCUAGUGACGGCGAUGGCGACCGCAACAUGAUCUACGGCGCUAACACCUUCGUCUCCCCCGGUGACAGCCUGGCCAUCAUUGCCCACCACGCCAAGCUGAUCCCCUACUUCCGGGACCAGGGGGUCUAUGGACUGGCGCGCUCCAUGCCCACCUCGGGGGCGGUGGACCGGGUAGCGCAGGCUCAGGGUCUGCAGAGCUACGAGGUGCCGACGGGCUGGAAGUUCUUCUGCAACCUGUUCGACAACAAGAAGAUCUCCAUCUGCGGGGAGGAGAGCUUCGGCACGGGCAGCAACCACAUUCGGGAGAAGGAUGGACUCUGGGCCAUCGUGGCUUGGUUGAACAUCAUCGCAGGCGUGGCCAAGCAGAAGACCUCCGAGACACCCAGCAUUGCCUCCAUCCAGCAGGAUUUCUGGCAGAUGUACGGCCGCACGUUCUUCACGCGUUACGAUUACGAGAACGUUGACAGUGAGGGUGCCAACCGGGUGAUCGCCACGCUGUCCGGCCAUCUGGCCAACCGGGACGCCUUCGUCGGCUCCAGCGUCUCCGGCCGCAAGGUCACGGACGUAGGCAACUUCUCCUACACUGACUUGGACGGCAGCGUGGCCAAGAACCAGGGACUAUACGUCACCUUCGAUGACGGCAGCCGCAUAGUAGUGCGUCUGUCGGGCACGGGCAGCAGCGGGGCCACCAUCCGUCUGUACAUCGAGAAGUACGAAAAGGACGCCAGUAAGUUCGGUCUGAGCGCCCAGGAGUAUCUGAAGGACAAUGUGGCGCUGGCGCUCUCGUUGCUCAAGUUCAAAGAGUAUGUCGGACGGGAUGAACCGGAUGUGCGCACUUGA